UCUCAUUUAUUUAUUUAUUUACUUAUUUAUUUGUUUAUUUGUUUAUUUAUUUAUUAUUUAUUUGUUUAUUUGUUUAUUUAUUCAUUCAUUCAUUUGCUUGUUUAUUUCUUUUUCUUCCCUUCUUUCUUUAUUUAUUCGUUUAUAUAUUUGCUUAUUUAUUUGCUUAUUUGUUUAUUUAUUUAUAUAUUUACUUAUUCAUUUGCUUAUUUGUCUACCGAUUUAUUUGUUUACCCGUUUAUUUAUUUAUAUAUUUGGUUAUUUAUUUGUUUAUUUAUUUACCCAGUUACUUAUUUAUCUGUUUAUUUUUUGUCUAUUCAUUUAUUUACCAUUCAUUUAUCUAUUUGUUUAUUUAUUUAUUUAAUCGUUUUGUUAUCUUUUUAAUUUAUCCAUUUAUUCAUUCAUACGUUUCUUUGUUUAUUUAUUUAUUUUAUUAUUCAUUCAUUCAUCUCUCUAUUUAUUUAUUCGUCUAUUUCUUUGUUUAUUUAUUCGUCCAUUUAUUUAUCUGUUUAUUUAUUUAUUAGAUUAAUUAAUUUGUUUAUUUGUUUGUUCAUUUAUUUAUUCAUCCAUUUAUCAAUUUAUUUGUUUAUCCAUUCAUUUAUUUAUUUGCCUAAUUUUAUCUGCUUACUUCAUUU